AUGGAUUGGAGCAACAGGACCGUUUUACAUACAUUUACCCUGCUGGGGUUUACAAAGAAUGAACAGCUAAAUGUCUUACUUUUCUUAGUUUUCUUCUUCAUUUACAUUAUAACGUUACUUGGUAAUAUUUCCAUGUUAUUGCUGAUUACCAAAGAUAUCCACCUACACACACCCAUGUACUUCUUUCUUGGGCAACUGUCCUUUCUGGAUUCAUGUUACUCAUCUGUCAUUUCUCCUAAGAUGUUGGUGAACUUCCUCUGUAAAGACACAUCGAUUUCCUCAUUUGGCUGUGCAGCUCAAAUGUUUUUCUUUGUAGCUUUGGGAACUGCUGAAUGUUUCCUACUAGCUUUGAUGGCAUAUGAUCGAUAUGUUGCUAUAUGUAAACCAUUAUCCUACAUUGUCAUCAUGACCAGGCCGUUCUGUAUCUUUCUUGUAGCUGGCGCCUAUAUUGGAGGGUUUUUGCAUUCUGUAAUUUAUGUGAAAAGCACAUUUGAAUUACCAUUCUGCAAAUCACAUGACAUAAACCAUUUUUUUUGUGAUGUUCUACCACUCCUGAAACUGUCUUGUAUAGAUACUACAUAUAUUGAGGCUCUGCUUUUUGCAUUUACCGGUUCCAUUGGUAUGAGUUGUUUAGUUGUGAUCAUUAUAUCUUACAUGGUAAUUAUUUCUUCAGUUUUGAACAUUCAGUCAGCUGAAGGAAGAAUGCAAACCUUUUCUACUUGUACUUCUCACAUUACAGCUGUAAGCAUUUAUUUUGGUACUAUUCUUUUCAUGUACCUAAGACCCCACUCAAGUUAUAAUUCAAAUCAGGAUAGGGUUAUUUCUGUAUUUUACACCAUAAUCAUACCGUUUUUGAACCCUAUUAUAUACAGUAUCAGAAAUAAGAGUGUCAAAAUAGCUCUAAAAAAAGCAUUGUUUUAA